AUGACAGAGGAAUUACUUAAAACUUAUGAAGAAAAUUACAUAAAUAUUGAUCGUAUGAGUAUUGAUUAUGCAAUUAAAAAUGAAUAUCCAAUAAUUUCAUUAUUUACACCAUUAAAUGCGAAACAAGCUUACACAGUGCUAAAUAAAAUCGUAUCAGAGAAACUUUUAAUUAAUUUCGAUUUAUGUUACUUUCUCACACUUCUCGUUGAUGCAGUUUCAUGUUCAAUAUCGAAUGUAUCAAUUGAAUUUGGAAAUGAACCCGAUAUAUAUAGGCUUUUAAAGACAAUCUUGCAUACCGUCGAAAGACAAUUUUAUUUAACUGAAAUUGGUCCAGAAAAAUUUGAAAACUUAUUAAAUAUUAUUAGACGAUCUGAAAAUCGAAUGAAUCAAAGUACAUUUGCAACGAUUAUGAGGCAAAUUACAAAUGCUUUCGACUAUAAUUUCCGUGGCGAUUUAAAGUUUUUCCAAGAAAAGCAGAAUUCUUUUGGUAAUCUCAAAGGAUACAAUCCCGUCGCUUCACCUGUUAUGGAAAGACCAUCUAAGCCAACGGAUAUAAGUAGAUAUUUUAUGAUAAAGGAUAAUUUUAUGGAUAAAAUAGCAAAAAAGUCAGCAGAUCAGAAUGAAAAUAAAAUUAAAACAAUGAUAGAUCAAGAUGAAUUUAUAAAAAAUAAUAUGACAGUGGAUCAGGAUGAAAUUAUUAAAAAUAAAGAAAAUUUGGAUGAGGUGUCAGCAAAUCGAAAUGAAUUACAGCCAUUAAUGGGUAAAAUAUUCGUUAGAAGUGAUUUAGUACAGAAAAAUAUAAUUCCGACAGUUCAAAUGAAACACGCUGCGUUAUAUCAAGAGCAGAUGUAUCAUUUAGAAAUUUCUCCACAUUUUUAA